CUUCUAGAAGCGCAAAGAGCCCUCCGGAUCCCUCCGCGCCAGAUGGGAUCCCUCCGCGCCGAGGUCCGUAGAGGCGACAAAAAGUCCGCGGCGUGCGGGAGCCUCCUGCGCAGCGGUCAAGCCAACGGUGCCGGGACGGGGCGGGGGUUGGCGGAGCUGGGGUUGGCUGCGCAGACGCAGACGCAGACGCAGACGCGGAGUUGCUGGCGGAGGGUUAGAAGGGCUUGUACGCGGAGCCUGAUCCUGCUGACGACUAUUGGAACCUCUGCCACAGAACCAGAACCCAGUGUUCUGCCUCGGAGCCUGCUGCAGACCCCAUCCAUGAGAAUGGCACAAGCACAUCGGAAAAAGUAUCGGCUGUCCAAAAGUGGAGAAACCCUCUAUGAAGUGCUGGAACUGCCUCGGGGAGCAAAACCUGAAGAGAUCAAGAAAGCCUACAGGAAAUUGGCACUGAAGUACCACCCAGACAAGAAUCCAGAAGAUCCUAAAGCGGAAGAGCGGUUCAAAGAGAUCAAUGCAGCCCAUUCGAUACUUGCUGAUCCUGAUCAGCGCCAGAUCUACAAUAUGUACGGUGCCAUGGGCCUAUAUAUGGCUAACCAAUAUGGUGCAGAAACUGUCAAAAUCUGUUUCAUUGUGACCAAGUGGUGGUUCAAGUGCCUGGUCCUCUUGUGUACACUUCUUUCUUGUUGUUGCUGCUGCUGCUUUUGCUGUGGGAAGAAUGCACCACCAGAGUACGAGCGUUUUAAAUCUACCAGUGAUCUGCAGACACAACCUCCAGACACAAAAAUGCAGACACAAUCUCCAAGGACAGAUGAAACUGAAGAUGCUUUCUUCAGUCUGAACAUAGAAGAGGAUGAAAAUGAAAAGACACAAAAUGCAGAAACUGGACGAAAAUAGUAUUUAAGGAGAAGAGAAGAAAAGGGGCAAAGGCAAAUAGUGAAAAAACUAUAUAACUAAUGUAUUUUGAUUACAAGUAAAUAAUAAAAGAGUUUUUUCUGUAUACUUUC